GAUAUUGAUCUGUCCGCAUAUCCGCAGAGUACCAGUCAAUUAUUAUGCACACGUACGUACGUAUACAUGUACAUGUACAUGUAGUAAUAUUUUGAAUGACAAUGCAAUCAUUUCAGUGUGAAUAAUUCUUGUGUACUGGGUGCGGUUAUGAACGUUCUAGUACAUGAACUCGACUGAAACAGGAUCUGUUGUAAUUAAUUACAAACAAGUGAACUUGGAAUAAUGGCGUCCACACGUAGCAAACCUAUGGAGCAUCAGAUUGACAGGCAGAAAUCGGGUACAGCAAUAACAGGUGAACUGCUGAAAGAUGCCAAUGAUUGUCUCAUUGAUAAGGCACUGAGCACGCUCGUGGCUAUGGCACAGAACAAACCCAAACUCAGUUCAACUCUGCAGAAUGCGCUUGUGCCAUGCACGGUAGUUGCACCGUACAUGAAUCCACUGGAUGCGCUGGCUGCAGCUAACGAGACAUCCACUCAACCAACAGUCUCCGUCGAUGUUCCUCACGCAAAGAGGCGGGUUUACACGGUGCUGGAAACGGUGCAGAAGGCAAGCAAAGCAUGGCUGGGAUUGAAAAGAUCGGAGGGGCGGAAGUACGAUUUGGCACCGCGACAGAGCGACAUAGAGAAGGAGAUUGUGAUAGGCGCCAUCGAGUGGCUACAGAGCUUACCUGAAGGCACUGAGGAUUCCCUGGUGGCUGAACUUGUCCAGAGAUGCGAGAAAGAAGCAGACUGCUCCAGGUUGGUUCUAAAAAAGUUCCAGAAGGCAGGUUAUUUGCGAUUGGAUGAGCAUGGUCGACUCACGUACCACUUGCCGCAAACUAAGCCAGGACCGUCAUCUCAACCAAGGGGCGCCCAAGCCCGUGUUCUUUGUCGCCUGCGUGAUUGUCCACCCACAAUCAGGCCAGUGACAGAAGCCAAAUUUCUUGAGUUUGUCCAACCGGUCUGUAAGGCGUGGUUCACUGUCCCACCUGCUAGAUUUCUCGGAAUGAACAUGAAACGAAUAAGGCACAGAAAUGUCAAAGAGAGCAAAAAAUCUGAAUCGGGGAAGAACGAUUCAAAAUCUGAGCCGCAAAAAUCGAAACAGUCAGAGACAGAAUCGGCAUCGCAGAUGGAAACCGAAUUUGCUAUUGGAGUAUACACUGGAGAGAAUAAUGUCCGAGAGCACAUUUCCAUCACCCCCGGCGGAGUGACCGGUAUCGAAGUAUCGGUUACUGGUCAGGCCACCCUAGCCAAGAGGCUUAAGAAACCAUCUGCCAAGAGACUGGAUAAUGCCAACAGGAUGCGCGCCGUCGGUCAAACCAAAGGCCUAUCUGACUGCCUCACUCAACGUAUGACCGUCGCAGUACGUGGCCAUAAUGCUGUCCUUGUGCCUGCUAACGAGGAGGAAAAGAAAAACAUCAUCUCUAAGGUGACAAGUUGGCUUUCAUCAAUGCACAACUGUUCAUCUACAUGUACAGGACAAUCUGCACAGCAGCAAACGGUGCCCAAGCUCCAGCAGGAACUGGCCAACAUGUGCGUGGGCAAAGUGCGACGUCUUGCCCCUUCAACCAUCACUAACUUGCUUCAAACCGCUGGUUACAUCUCCAUCGGUGGAGAUCACAAAGUAGCCUACAAUCUCCCGACCAACCGAGGAGACAACACAAGCAAGACGGCGACGCCUACCUGGCAGCAGAAGACAGUCGAGUUGGCUGUCAAGAAUUGUAAUUUCUCGAGUCGUCUCCGACAGGCUUUUCCUCGCCGUAAGACAAAGGGUGCGAAAGAAGUCCCAGUCAAGAAGACUAAAAAUGUCCAAACACAGCAGAGCUACACGGCUGCUAUGCUUCAGGAUGAUGAAGACAUCGGUGACGAUUAUUUAUGUGGUGACUACGGUCUCGAUGAUUACGGCGAUGCCUACGAUGAUGGUAUUGGUAACUUUGAUGAUGUUCUCGACUGUUACGAUCCAUAUGACGAUUAUGGUUGUGAAGACUAUUAAGGUGACGUGAUGGAAAAAAGGGGGAAAAAUUGAAACAGUGCAUCAUAGCUCUCUGAUUUAGGGGUGUUGGUAUAGCUUCGUAUACGAUCAACAGUAACCUUUGAGACCGGCUUGUCAUUGCAUGCAGUGCAAUGUCAGCCCUUUAUUACUUCGGCCGCGUAGAUUUUUUUUGUCGCCCCCCCCCCCCCAAAAGGCGAAAAGUGCUUGUGAUUUUAGCUUUCUGAUGUUUUGGAAUCUACUCUACGAAAAUGCCUUGCAGAUGCAUGUAUACCACUGAACCCUUGAUAUAAAGGGCGAGUCAAAAAAAGCGGAACCAAAAC